UGGCAUUUCCGGGCAACCUCGCCGGCGUUCGAUCUACCGGGCGGAACGAAAGGCGUGACCUUUCCUGACCGCCUGCCGGCAGCGCAAUGCUUCCCAAGGCCCGAAUCCACGCGGACCCGGCGCUCGAGCUCGAGGCCGACCUGUUCGACUGCCUGCCGGACUCGCUGGUCCUGCACAUCCUCAACAAGGUGGAGGACGUGCGAUCUCUCGGCCGCUGCUCGGCCGCCUCGAAGCGGCUCCACGGGCUCGUCCCGCUCGUCCACGACGUGCGCGUCAAGAUCGACCACGUCGUGACGGUCGACGGCAACGGCGACGCCGAGGACGCGCUGAACCUGCUGUCCUCGCCCAAGCCCCGGAACGUGCUCUCGCACCUCCUCAAGCUCAUGCUGUCCACGAUCGCCAAGCCCUUCCACAGCAUGCGCGGCAGCCCAACCGGGCGGCCGCUCUUCCCGCACCUCGCGCAGCACUCGCCGGCGCAGGUGCUCCGGAGCUUCGCCUACGUGCGGAACCUCCAGAUCGAGCUCCCUUCGGGGGAUGUCGGGACCGAGGACGGAGUGCUCCUGAAAUGGCGGGCCGAGUACGGGAGCACGCUUCAGAACUGCGUGAUCCUGGGGGGCACCAGGGUCGACCGCAAGCCUGUUGUUGGCGCGGAGCAUGAGCCGGCUUCGGAAGACAAUGGGAGCAUGCCGGAGUCGUUCUACACCAAUGGAGGGCUCAAACUCCGCGUCGUGUGGACGAUCAGCUCUCUGAUCGCCGCGUCGACCAGGCAUUAUCUUCUCCGGUCGAUCAUCAAGGACCACCCCACGCUUACAAGCUUGGUGCUCACCGAUGCCGAUGGCCAGGGCACACUGAGCAUGGGAGCAGAGCAACUCAAGGAGUUUAGAGAGAACCAGUUGUCCACCUCGGCAUGCUCCAACAGGACCCAGGUCCCAGCCUGCAACAUGAAGCUCAAAUACGCGCCGUAUCUCGAGCUGCCUGGAGGGAUUGCAUUGCAGGGUGCUACACUGGUUGCUAUCAAGCCCUCAACCGAGGGAAGCAAUGGCGGCCAUAUGAGCCGCAAGGAAACGGAUGCAUUCAUCUCUGGGGCAUUUGAUGGGCCGCUCAAAUUUGCUGCAAAGGCGCUGAUGAAGAGGCGCACAUACCUUCUCGAGAUGAAUGGCUUCUAGAUACCUUGAGUUCUUCCUAGCUUGCCGAUGCAUCGAUGGAAGGGUCACUUAGCUGCUUUAACUUUCGAUCUGUGUCUAGUUUGUGCUUGUUCUCUUGUGUUAGCUCUUUGUACAGUGGAGACAUUUGGUUGGUUAUAUGAAAUAUCAUAUCGAAUUACUAUA